GGAAAACUCUACAAAAGAUUUAAUUUGAUAUCUGUGCACUACUACACACUGGAAGGAUUUAUUUAUCUCAAGAAGUGUCUACAACUUUAUGACUGAAGAAACAUUUGUAAAAUUUAGUGUCCUUCUCAGGGCUUCAGCAGCAUUGGAAACUGGAGUCUGGACUUUAAAACACACUUUUGGGACAGCUGGAGACAUAAAAAGUUAUAGCUUGCUUCAGCCAUGGCGGAGAGGAGAAGAAUGAGUUACAACAUCCACAGGGAGAUCCUGGAUGAGGAAACAGUGGAUGAGAUGGCAAAAAAGUCUGCAUCUAAAACAUCUCUCUGUGAGAAGGUCAAAAAGUCAGUAAGGUGUUCUGGUCCCCGGGUGAAGCGCUGCCUGCUGGAAACGGUUCCUGUUAUAUCGUGGCUUCCUCGUUACCCCAUCAGAGAAAAUGGUCUGGGUGAUCUGGUCUCUGGGAUAAGUGUGGGCAUCAUGCAGCUGCCGCAGGGUAUGGCCUAUGCCUUGCUGGCAUCUGUUCCUCCAGUAUUUGGCCUGUUCUCCUCCUUCUACCCAGUCCUUGUCUACUUCAUCUUUGGCACAUCCAAACACAUCUCAGUUGGAACAUAUGCGGUGAUGAGCGUGAUGAUAGGAGGAGUCACAGAGCGACUGGCCCCAGACUCAAACUUUAUGACAUGGGACAAUGAAACCAACGCCAGUAUAAUUAACACAAUUGCCCGUGAUGAAGAAAGGGUCCGAGUGGCUGCUGCCGUCACUUUACUAUCUGGAUUAUUUCAAAUUCUGCUCGGUCUGGUCCAGUUUGGUUUUGUGGUGACUUAUCUGUCUGAGCCACUGGUCCGAGGUUAUACCACCGGAGCUGCUAUCCACGUCAUCGUGUCCCAGCUCAAAUACACCUUUGGCAUCUACCCUGACAGACACAGCGGCCCUGUAUCCUUGAUAUAUACUGUGGUGGAGAUAUGCUAUCUCAUUCCACAGACAAACAUCGGCACUCUUGUGGUCAGUAUCGUCACCAUAAUCAGCCUUAUCAUGGCCAAGGAGCUCAACGCCUGUUUGAGCAAAAAAUUACCUGUUCCUAUACCUGUGGAGCUGAUCGUGAUCAUUAUAGCUACAGUCAUCUCGUGGCAAGUUAACCUGGAGGCAAAAUAUGGAGUGGAUGUAGUAGGAGUUAUUCCCUCAGGUCUCCAGCCACCUGUUGUCCCAGCCGCCUCUCUCUUUGGUCAGGUGAUUGGAGAUGCCUUUGCUUUGGCUGUGGUCGGAUACGGCAUUGCCAUCUCUCUGGGACGAAUCUUUGCCCUAAAAUAUGGAUACAAGGUGGACAGCAACCAGGAACUAAUUGCCCUGGGUCUGAGUAACUCCAUUGGAGGAUUUUUCCAGUGUUUUGCUGUCAGCUGCUCCAUGUCUCGCAGUUUGGUUCAGGAAAGCACAGGCGGCAAAACUCAGGUUGCUGGAGCUCUGUCGGCAGUAGUCAUCCUUUUUAUCACGCUGUGGAUUGGAACUCUCUUUGAAGAUCUGCCCAAGGCGGUGCUGGCUGCCAUCAUCUUUGUCAACCUCCAUGGCAUGAUGAAGCAGUUCUUGGACAUCCCCGCUUUGUGGAGGAGCAACAGAGUGGACAUGUUGAUCUGGGUGGCCACCUUCAUCCUCACUUUGCUGCUAAACCCUGAUAUGGGACUGGCUGCAUCCAUUGGCUUCUCCAUGCUCACUGUCAUCUUCAGGACACAGCUACCUAAGUACUCCGUAUUAGGGCAGAUCCCAGAAACCGACGUUUACAAGCCACUGGACGAGUACCAUCAGGUGAAGAAGGUGCCAGGGAUUUUGAUCUUCCGUUCCUCUGCCACCCUCUACUUUGCCAAUGCUGAGAUGUACCAAGAUGCCCUGGGAGCAAAGUCUGGCAUUGACAUUACAAAGUUCCUGUCAGCAAAGAAAAAACUGGAGGCCAAAAGGAAGCGACAUGAGAAGAAAGAAGCAAAGAAAGCCAAGAAAGGGCUUAAGAAGAACAACGUGGAAGUGAAGAAGGAGCCAAACACGGAGGAGCAGAACCACGUGUCCGUCAUUGAAAUAGAUGCUGAGCGGGACCCCUCACUCCCAAGAGCCAUAAUUCUCGACCUCAGUCCCGCCAACUUCCUCGAUACUGUGGGGGUCAAGACACUACGAAGUAUUCAGAAAGACUAUGGAGAAAUUGGAAUAGAUGUGGUUCUUGCUGGUUGCCAAACCGGUGUGGUGGACAGCCUGCAGACUGGAGGUUUUUUUAACGACAAAGUAACAAAGUCGUGUCUCUUCACCACCGUGCACGAUGCCGUCCUACACUGCCAGUCUGCCAUAACACAGAGCCAAAGCGUGGCAUAUGAGGAGAUUACAGCAACACAUUUUUGAGUCCACAGAGUAACGAUGGGGAGUAUUACAAAGAAGUGACAGGUAUCCAUGGGGCUUCAGAUAACUGGAUCUACCAUCAGUCCUAAACACAGAGACAAACAUACAGUACAGCAAACAUCUUCUGUAUGCAUAUGAAUAACUAUUUUUAUGUGUGUAAGAUUAUAAGACUACAAAACUUUUUAUGUAAUAGAAGUUAUUGUAAUAAGCUUCAUUAUUUCGAUCAAUAAUAUAUUUUACUUUGUUUAAACCUUUAUGUGCAUCACAUUGAUUCAGUCUCACAUUAUGUGUAAAGGUAUACUAUGUUUGCAGUAUGUUUAUCCAUAUAGGCUAUGGUGUGCAUAUUAUU